UACGCGGAAUCCAGGAUGAUCAAACGGGUGCAAUUUAGUGCACUACGCUAAUAUUUAUAAAAGUAUACCUCAUACAACCCGUACCUACUUUUCGUUGAACCAUGGCCAACAAAGCGAACAAGGAUGGUGUGAACUUCCAGCAACACCUGUACUACUACCAGAUCGGUCUGUGCCACCAGCAUAAAGAUCGUGAAUACUCCAUCCUGUAUGAAGGCAACGAUAGAGUCUACAAGGCAUUCGAUGAUGUUAUUCUGAAGGAGGAAGGUCCCACACCCGGACUUUACUUCUUUCAGGCAAAGCAGGUACAGGAUUCUAACAAAGUUAUGUCGCUGGACGAUGUGUUCGACAUGACGAAAGGUAUUGUAAAGUAUAUGGACUCGUACAGCACUUACCUUGAGUCCGAACAGUGCCGAAAGGAUGGUACUCCGAACGAAGCAAUCUACUGGACUUCUCAAGGGGUCCACGUAAAAACAACCCAACAGUAUCUACAGCUUUGCCCAGACACGCGAUUACCCCUGCAAUCGGCGGGUCCGGCCAUCAAAAAGUAUCGGAUCAAAGACUGGAAAACGCUGCUACUGUUGGACAUCGCUUGGAAAUGGGCAAAAAUCUGUAAGUCGAAACCAGAUGCUAACCUGACUGUUGCGGAGUACAUCUGCGACGCGGUCGCCAGUGCUCUAGCUGCCGAAGUAUUGGAAAUCGGAGAAGAUAACAAAGUGAAAUUCUGCGAAGGGUUCCUGUUGGGGAAAUCAGAAUAUCUAGCAUCCGUGUCGGAUAAAGUGCGAUCGUUUCAAGAACAGUUUCAAAUGGCCUGUAAAAUGCAGCAGAAGAAAGAUGAAUUCGAUAUAACAAGUUUCAAAGAAGUUUCCUAUGAGUUGGAACUAUUUGGACUCAAAUCGAGUGAUAAGAAAGCGGAUGCUGUCCAGUUCGAGCACAAGAGCUUGGAUGAAGUUAAACUAGAACAGUUUUUUCGUGCCUUUCGAUACUACACGGAAGUGCCGAAAGGAGAAGAAAUGCUCAAAAUAGUAAAUGCUUUAUUCAACGGUGAUUUUGAGGAGAGGCUGUUUGAAGCCCAUCUCAUUCCGAAACCAACUUCGAACAAGAAGACUCAGACAGAUCAAUACUUUAGCCGUGGGGAUGUGAAUUCUUUGAUUGAGAUGAUAAAACUUAAAAAUCUGUAUAUUGCACCAAGAAUCUCGGGAGUAACGUUCAGCAAAGAAAGCCUGCUCGAACUACGGAAGUACCUUGAGGAAUUCGCAGAUCAAAAGGAAGGAGAUCGUAUGCUAGACAUAUAUGCGCCUUACGUUCUAGAGUGGACCGCCUAUCGUGUAGAAAAGGAGCUACUCAAAUUUUGCACGUGCAUAGUGAUAAAGGAUAAAGAUUUGGCAAUGUUAAGCGAAAAGUUGAACCUAAUUUUAGAGACACACAUCGCAGGUGAACUUAGCACUAUAGUAGUGUUAGACAUGGACUCAUCUGAUAUGGAGGACACGAAAAAAUUGCUUCAAAAAGUGAAACGAAUUAUCCGCAUAUCAUCUAACUUGGUAUCAUCGAGUUCAAUCUUUCAAGAUAAGCUCUUGGAACAACACGUCGAAAUGGACUUUGAUCAAUUUAGUCACAUCAACAUGAUACUAGACGACAAAACACUACCGAAUGUAACUAAUAUCCGUAAAGACGAAUUCAAAUCCGUCGAAAAACGUGCCGAACUGUAUCAGAUACAGCAGAUUGUCAUGAAAUCCGAUCUGUAUAUGCCAGAAGAGCGCUUUUACAUCCAACGUAAAUUGACGGAUGAUAGCAAGUGUGAGAUAACGUACGAACAAUUGAAAGGUGAAAGGCAGCAACGGGUCACAGUCAUAGUCGAUACGGCCGGUCAAGGAAAGACGAUCGAGCUUUUGCGAAUCGCAAGAUAUCUAAACGAAGGCGACGGUAUCUGUUUAUUCUUUAGAGCCAGAACGAUUGCAGACAAACUUAAGAGCGAUACGCCUGAAUCAUCUGUAUCAUUUAACGGAUGGGAUGAUUUUGUAAAACUGCUACAAAUCGAACCAUCGUCUGAUGUUGUUAAGAAUAUAGUGGCACAGUGUUUGGAACAGAACGAACAGCUGUACGUUCUCGUAGAUGGACUCGAUGAAAUAGUGGAAUCCUUCCAAGAUCAUGUUAUUGCCGUCAUCAGAAAACUAAUUGCUUUAAAACCAUUAACGGUUAUCAUUGCGGCGAGAACGGAAUUGAAACCAAAGCUUAAGGCAUCAUUCAAUCAGGCAGGUUUCUAUCAUCUAAACCAAUUCUCUUACCAAGCGUUCUUUCAGGAACUUUGGCUGAAUAAUAGCGCAGAACCGGCCACUGAUACUGUUCGAAAGAAUGUGGCUUUCUUUCUGAAACACUUUGAUACCAUUCUGAAGCGUGCUGGUUGUCAAUCCUUUCUCGAGGUGCCGCAACUGUGCACAAUUAUGGGAACGAUUUACAAGGAACGGAUUAAGAGAGAGAACUUUCUGCUUUACAACAACUACGAAAUAGGCUCCAUUUAUGACACAUUUAUCUCUUGCCAGUUUGAAAAUUUAAUUUCCCAAUCAUUCGAUAACCAGCUCGAGAUGCACGUGCUGGCAAUCGAGCUAAUGAAAACCUAUUUCGAUGAAAAUCAUGCCAAGCUAGCGUAUGAUAUCGAAUGUAACACCCAGUCUGGUGUACAACAAUAUUACAAACUCCCGCUUUUCGGCUUGGUCCGUCUAAAUCCUACCAUCAGCGAUAGAUCGAAGUGUGACGUUGAAUUCAUUCAUCGAACUGUGUUGGAGUACUUUUUGGUACGCUACUUUUUAACCCAUGAUGUAGAGGCAUCAUAUUUUGUUCAAUUCAUGAAGCGAUACUUCUGUGUGUCAAGGGCCAAUAUAGCAGAUAAAUUUAUCGAUUUCCUUCUGAGUGACGAAACGUUGUUAUGCAAAGGGACCCGUAGGAAAAUAAAUCGGUUCUUAGACCAGGAACCACAGCAGCUUGCAACAUACGUUCGUAUCGCUCUGAACAACGCCACAUUUAACACGUUGGGUCUGCUUCUCCGUGAGGCUCCUUCUGUCGCUGUGCAAAAUCUAGUGUUUCGUUUUGGCGGAAUCCAGGAUUCGAAAAAGGAAAUUGUAUCAAAUGAAAUCAAUCUGAAGCGACUCGGAGAAAGGCAGUUGUUGCUUUUGCUCGGCAUUCUUCAAAGAACAGAUUUUAGUGAGGCGCUAAUUUUAAAUUUGAUCCUCGAGAACGAUCUAAAUGAGGAGGAUAUCAUCGAGGUUGCUAUAAGGAAGCCGUUUCCCGAAGUUUUCGACAAGAUUAUGUUACUUAUUGGGGAUUUUCAAAAACAAAACGCUGCCACUUUCUCCAAAUACUUUACAUCCCGGCUAUCUCGUUACGUUCGCACUCUCGUAACUCACUGCUAUGUUUCAAGCGAGCAGCUGAUGGUAGAUACGAUAGCAACGAUGUGCUACGAGAAGAUGGAGGCAGACGUUGUUCGAAGGAUAUUGACGAAUUUCGAUUUGCUGGAUGAAGUUCUGUCGAGUAUUGAAACGGUUCCACAGGGUAAGCGCUUUAUAGAGGAGGCUCGUUGCGAUAUUUUGAAGAAAGUGCUAUCGUUUCUUGAAAUGUACCUGGAGAAAGAGGAUCUACGAUCACGCAAAAUCCAGCAUGCCGCAAAGGUUGCGACAUUGCAACAUGAAUCUUUUCAAGCCCUACUGGAGCACUGGUUGGAAUGAUAGAAAUGAGAUGGUAGUUGGUAGUAUUAUUAUAUUUAUACUUAAGAAUAACAUGGUAAUAGUUCGUUUAACUUAAUGAAACAAAUUCAAAGCGCAGCAUUCGGCCCGAACAAGAGUGCUAAGAGCUCAGACAACACCAAAAGAAAAAGGUCCUGAACAAAAUAUACACUUUUUCUUUAUACCGCGUUUGAUGUACUUUAUGAAGAAUGUUUAAUGAUGAAUAAAAUUCAUGUAAU